CCGCGCGCCCAGCCUGAGCCCGCCCCGCCGCCGAGCGUCACCGAACCUGCUUGAAAUGCAGCCGGGGAGCCGGGGCGGGCGGCAGCGGUGGUGGUGGCGGCGGCGGCAGCGGCAGCCCCGGCGCCGCGGCAAGGACUUGGCGGGCUGAGACGCGGCGGCGGCGCGGGGGUCUCGGGGCGCGGCGGCCGGAGCCCCGGGCCCGCCAUGGGCCGCCCAGAGUGGGGCGCGCUCCGGCCGCUGGCGUUGUUGCUGCUGCUGCUGCUUCAGCAUCUCUCCGCAGCGGAUCCGCUGCCUGGCGGCCAAGGGCCGGUCAAGGAGUGUGAAGAGGACCAGUUUCGGUGUCGGAACGAGCGCUGCAUCCCCUCGGUGUGGAGAUGCGAUGAGGACAACGACUGCUCGGACAACAGCGACGAAGACGACUGCCCCAAGAGGACCUGCGCAGACAGCGACUUUACCUGUGACAAUGGCCACUGCAUCCCUGAGCGGUGGAAGUGUGAUGGAGAGGAGGAGUGUCCCGAUGGAUCCGACGAAUCAAAGGCCACCUGUUCCACUGAAGAGUGUCCUGCCGAGAAGUUAAGCUGCGGACCCACUAGCCACAAGUGUGUGCCUGCCUCGUGGCGCUGCGACGGAGAGAAGGACUGUGAGGGUGGAGCUGAUGAGGCUGGCUGUCCCACCUUGUGCGCCCCGCACGAGUUCCAGUGCAGCAACCGCUCCUGCCUGGCCUCUGUGUUCGUGUGCGAUGGCGACGAUGACUGCGGCGACGGCAGCGACGAGCGCGGCUGCUCGGACCCGGCCUGCCCGCCCCGCGAGUUCCGCUGUGGAGGAGGCGGCACCUGCAUCCCUGAGCGCUGGGUCUGCGACCGCCAGUUCGACUGCGAGGACCGCUCGGAUGAGGCGGCUGAGCUCUGCGGGCGAGCGGGCCAGGGGACCACGGCCACGCCGGCAGCCUGCGCCCCCACCGCCCAGUUCACCUGCCGCAGCGGCGAGUGCAUACACCUGGGCUGGCGCUGCGAUGGCGACCGCGACUGCAAGGACAAGUCUGACGAGGCCGACUGCUCAGCACCAGGACCGUGCCUCGAGAAUGAGUUCCAGUGUGGGGAUGGGACUUGCGUUCUUGCAAUCAAACGGUGCAACCAGGAGCGGGACUGCCUGGACGGGAGUGAUGAAGCGGGCUGCCUGCAGGAGUCAACUUGUGUGGGUCCCCGCAGAUUUCAGUGUAAGAGUGGCGAGUGCGUGGACGGCGGGAAAGUGUGUGAUGAUCAGAGGGACUGCCGAGACUGGUCGGAUGAGCCUCAGAAAGUGUGUGGGCUGAACGAGUGUCUGCACAAUAAUGGUGGCUGUUCCCACAUCUGCACUGACCUCAAGAUCGGCUUUGAGUGCACAUGCCCGGCAGGCUUCCAGCUCUUGGACCAGAAGACCUGUGGUGACAUUGAUGAAUGCCAGGACCCAGAUGCCUGCAGCCAAAUCUGUGUGAAUUACAAGGGCUACUUUAAGUGCGAAUGCCACCCUGGCUAUGAGAUGGAUACACUGACCAAGAACUGCAAAGCUGUAGCUGGCAAGAGCCCAUCCCUGAUCUUCACGAACCGACACGAGGUACGGAGAAUAGACCUGGUGAAGCGGGACUACUCGCGCCUCAUUCCCAUGCUCAAGAACGUUGUGGCACUGGACGUGGAAGUAGCUACCAAUCGAAUAUACUGGUGUGACCUUUCCUACCGCAAGAUCUACAGCGCCCACAUGGACAAGGCCAGCAUCCCGGACGAGCAGGUGGUCCUCAUUGAUGAGCAGCUGCACUCUCCAGAGGGCCUGGCGGUGGACUGGGUCCAUAAGCACCUCUACUGGACAGACUCAGGCAAUAAGACCAUCUCAGUGGCCACAACCGACGGACGCCGCCGCAGUACUCUCUUCAGCCGUGAGCUCAGUGAGCCCCGAGCCAUUGCCGUUGACCCUCUGCGAGGGUUCAUGUACUGGUCUGACUGGGGUUUCCAGGCCAAGAUUGAGAAGGCUGGGCUCAACGGUGCAGACCGGCAAACGUUGGUUUCAGACAACAUUGAAUGGCCCAAUGGAAUCACCCUGGACUUGCUGAGCCAGCGUUUGUACUGGGUGGACUCCAAGCUGCACCAGCUAUCCAGCAUUGACUUCAGUGGAGGCAACAGAAAGAUGCUGAUUUCCUCCCCUGACUUCCUGAGUCACCCUUUUGGGGUGGCUGUAUUUGAGGACAAGGUAUUCUGGACAGAUCUGGAGAAUGAGGCCAUUUUCAGCGCGAAUCGGCUCAAUGGCCUGGAAAUCGCCAUCCUGGCUGAGAACCUCAAUAACCCACAUGACAUUGUAAUCUUCCAUGAGCUGAAGCAGCCAAAGGCUGCAGAUGCCUGUGAACUGAGUGCCCAGCCUAAUGGCGGCUGUGAAUACCUGUGCCUUCCUGCUCCUCAGAUCUCCAGCCACUCUCCCAAGUACACGUGUGCCUGUCCUGACACAAUGUGGCUGGGCCCAGACAUGAAGAGAUGCUACCGAGCACCUCAGUCUACCUCAACUACAACCUUAGUUUCUGCCAUGACAAGGACAGUACCUGCUACCACAAGAGCCCCUGGGACAACCAUCCACGACCCUACCUACCAGAACCACAGCACAGAGACGCCAAGCCAGACAGCUGCUGGCCCUCACUCAGUUAACGUCCCUAGGGCUCCCAGCACCGUUCCAUCCACCCCGAGCCCUGCAACCAGCAACCACUCCCAGCACUAUGGGAAUGAAGGCAGCCAGAUGGGCUCAACAGUCACCGCUGCUGUCAUUGGGGUCAUCGUGCCCAUAGUGGUAAUAGCCCUACUGUGUAUGAGUGGGUACCUCAUCUGGAGAAACUGGAAGCGGAAGAACACCAAGAGCAUGAAUUUCGACAACCCAGUGUACAGGAAAACAACAGAAGAGGAAGAAGAAGACGAACUUCACAUAGGGAGGACAGCUCAGAUUGGCCAUGUCUAUCCGGCAGCAAUCAGCAGCUAUGAUCGCCCACUGUGGGCAGAGCCCUGUCUUGGGGAGACCAGAGACCUGGAAGACCCAGCCCCUGCCCUCAAGGAGCUUUUUGUCUUGCCGGGAGAACCAAGGUCACAGCUGCACCAACUCCCGAAGAACUCUCUUUCCGAGCUGCCUGUCGUCAAGUGCAAGCGAGUGGCAUUAAGUCUUGAAGAUGAUGGACUGCCCUGAGGAUGGGCCCACCCACUUCGUGCCUCAUGGAGUUCAGUCCUAUGCACUACUCUCUCUGGAUGGUGUGUGAUUGGAUGAAUGCCAUUUCUAUAUAUGGGUCUGUGUGAGUGUGUGAGUGUGUGUGACUUUUUUUAAAUUUAUGUUGCGGAAAGGUAACCACAAAGUUAUGAUGAACUGCAAACAUCCAAAGGAUGUGAAAGUUUUUAUAUGUAUAAUGUUUUAUACACUUUUUAACUGGUUGCACUACCCGUGAAGAAUUCAUGGGACAGCCACUGCUGAGUGACUAACAUGAUGCACAUAACCAAACGGGGCCAAUGGUACAAACUUUACUCAUCAUUUGAAUACAGUAUUUACAGAGGAUGUUUGAUUUGAGAGCUUUUUUAGGUUUGAGGAGCUUGAUUUUUUUGUAAAUAAAAUUAUGCUUUGUGGCUAUCCAUCAACAUAAGUAUAAAAAGAACGAACACUUCAACUCCCUUCCCCAUUUAGAUUAUUUAUUAACAUAUUUCAAAAGUAAGGUUAGCUCUAUAAAUAAUUUAGAGAAGUGAAAGUAUUUAUUUUUGGUAUGAUUGGCCCACUGCACAGACUCUGUGUUUAUGUGUGUGUGUCUGUGUGAGAGAAAAAAUCUGUAGAGAAGAGGCACGCUUAUGACUAUUGCUCAGAUAUAUAAAAACAGUUGCUUUUAAACAGUCCACAAGAGGGAUGUCUAGUUGUCAGAGACACUUCAGAAACUUUGUUCAGAAAACAGAUGCCACAGUUUGUGCAGACAUGCGGCAGGAAAGGUAGAUCUUCACCUCUGGCUAUUCCUGAGGCCCUGAUGAGCCAGCAAAAAGCUUUUCAGUUCCUCUCUGGCUCUCGCGAUGCCCACCUAGGCUUUCUGGUCAGUGUACAGAUUCUGUACAGUGCUACAAGCCCUCAGGAGCUCAAGAGAGCAGAGUCCUUCUUUCAAAACUCAGCUCUUAGUGAGGACUCGGGUCAACUUCAAUAAGCUUUCUUUGAAGCACCUGAAGGCUGAGCCUUUUGAGCAGCCAUUCUCAACCUUUGUGGAUCAAAAGACCCUUUCACAGGGGUCUCCUAAGACCAUUGGAAAACAUAGAUAUUUACGCUAUGAUUCAUAACAGUAGCAAAAUUACAGUUAUGAAGUAGAAAGGAAAGUAAUCUUAUGGUUAGGGGUCAGUACAACAUGAGGAACUGUAUUAAAGUUUUUGAAGCAUCAGGAAGGUUGAGAACCACUGCUCUAGAGCCAAGUGAAUGCAUUCCUAGGGUUCCCAAGUUUACUGUAAGGACUGGCUUAGGCACUGAACCUGAGUCAUGUGAAUGAGGAUGAAGAAUUUGGAAUAGAUUUGGUUACAUCUCUUUCUCAUCCCCUUAUUUUCCACCAUUUUACAUACAUAGGGGAAACAUUUUAAAACAAUAAACACGUUUCUUACCACCGUAUGUUCACAUGGAUAAGACUAAGUCCAACAAGGUGACUACAUCCAAAUUUAUAUUUUGGAGAAAUACCAUGAGAUAUUAUAGCAUAUUGGGCAUGUGUCCACACAAGGAUUUGUUUCACUGCUUUAUAAAUAAAAGGAAAAACUCUGGGUAUUUGUAUAGAACUUUCUUCAUAUGUAACACCUUUACAUUUUCUGAGCCUUGGGGGUGGGGUGGGAGAAAUGCCACUUUCUGACUGUGGAAUCCACUUUUGUAAACAUAAACCAUAGUCCCAGAAGGAAUUCGGUCCCCACUAGCUUUCUCUUUCAAUGUGUGGUCUUUCCGUGACUCUGGCUGUUCGACACUUCACUCCAGCCGAAUGAUCAGGGACAAGUACAACACAGGUGUUUGGCUUAAGUGAUGGCAGACUAAUGCCUACAGUUGACCUAACUGGAAUUCGACGUUUGAGACAUAUGUUUCCGUGUUCCCACACACCCUCUUCCCCCAAACCAGUGAAGCUUGAAUGGCUCACCUGCUUGAUGCCCUUUCAGCUUCCAGGCAGACCAUCUUGGAGACCUGUCAUCCUGUUCCUAGGAACUUGUUCUAUGUCACUCAUGGUUUCCUAACCUUUAAAACAUGGCUGUGUUCCAAGCUUGGCCAUUAUGUCUGACAACUUCUUUUUGGUAUGCAUGUGUUGAUGGUCUUGAGACACACAGUGAAUAAAUGCAGCUGAUUCCUGAUCCAUUCCAAAUGGUCUCAAGGACAGGUAGCCAAGCCCCCAGGAGCUUGCCUGUCACUAUUCAUCCAAAAUGGAAAGGAAAAUCAAUUUGACUGAAGAAAAAUGUUGGAUGUGAAAUCAUCAACAUUUACACAAGACAGACUUGUGUACAUUUUUUUUUCUUUAAUCUGCCUCCAAGGAAACUAAAAUGGUGAUAGUGCAUAGUUUCUGAACUUUUAGUUAGAGCCUAGCCUUCACAACAAGGUUGAAACAUACGGUCUAGGGUUUCCAAAAGAUGAUUAAAUUCAUAUCAGAAAUACCACGUUUCCUGAAUGUGCUACAGCUGCAGUCUGAAAGCAACCUACAGUAAACAGGCAAAUCCAGGGAUGGCUAGAGAGCAGAAGCACUCUGAGAGGGCAGACAGACUUCCUCCUAUCCUUGGAAACUUUUUGAGCCUCAUUCUGAGGUGUAAUUCAGAUCUUCUGUUGCCUUUUGCCUCUGCCUAUGCAUCCACAGCCCAUAACAGCCAGAAGAAAGCUUAGUGAUAAACCAAGAGGACAGAAAAUGCAACAAACUACUUACUAAAAUGAAGCCAACUCCUCCCUCCUCUAGAAGACAACUCUGGGUGGUCUGAACAGGUCUCAGACCUGCUUCCUCCCCAACAGGUGUCUGCCCAGUGGACUGAAGGCACUAACAGAAACGAUCUUCCUGAAACAAGAAACUACAACUUGUCUACUCUUCAGAAUGUGUGUGCACAGAGAGGGACAGACAGACAGCUUCUGACUUGAGUAAGAAGAAUGAGACGUGAUUUAAACUGAUGGCAGUGAAUACUGCUGAAUCCUGCAGUUAUUCUCAUAUCUUAGCAACAUACUGUAAAACUAUUCACUAGCUGCUGUGUGCCAGGCUUUGCAAAUGUCACAUGUCAAUUCAAUGUUUUUCACCCUUUCAGAAUUCACAGCAGUACAUUUGGAUACAAAAAGAAAAAAAAAGAAAAGAAGUAGAUUUAACUUAGACUACUCCCAAGGCACAACAAAAGAGAUGGGCCAUUUUACUUGAAGAGAUGAAAAAAUUAGGUCUACACCGAAAUGACCCAAAGCUAAGGUCUUAAAAAUUAAAAAGUGGUGAUCAGGCUGCUUCUGUGAGAAGAGAGAGUAGGCUAAGACUGGGGAGUGAAUCAGCAGCAGGACUUUUAAGGGAAACACAUAGUUCAAGAACUUUAGGAGGGUUGGCACGAUGUGAAGCUAGAUGGAAAGACGAGUUCUACAGGAGCACUUUAUAAAGUAAUGCCUGAUAUAAGCAAGCAGACAUUUCUUUGGUUGGUUCCUGUGUGCAAGGCAUCAUGGGAAACACCCUGCCAGCACUUGGCAGGCAUUAUUCCACCUCAAGCUUUCCAGUGGCCACAGAGAAGUGACUUUUAUUUAUUUGAGCCAGAGGUUUUGAUACUGAAGCUAAUGGAAGGGGUUUUCAACAGAAGCACGCCAUGUUGCCAAGCACCUGUGAGAGAUUCUCACCCAGGAAGAAGAGAACAAGAAAAUAAAGAUACGGAAUCUGGAGAGGGUACCCCAGUCACACUACAGUUGGGUGCUAUUGAGUGGAGGAGAAAACAAUUCUAAUCCCACAGCACAAGGACAUUCCUGUCCCGCCACACUCCCACCAUUGCACGAACAUCAGCAGUCAGUAGUUUCAAAUUAUGUCAUUUCCUUUCCCAUAAAUGCAUGAAGAUAGGGAGUCGGUCUCCUUACACCAUAUUUUUAGGGUACUUGGGAGUUUCCAGGAUGUGAAGAUUUUAGAAGGUGGAGGAAAUUACGGCUUCAACUUUUUUCAGUUAACUAAAGGAAGCUUCAUUCUAGCCAGGCACCAUGUGCACAGUCUUAAGAAAUCAGCAGGAACUGCAUUUGCAAACACAUGUUGUAAAAAAUUAAUUUUAAAAAAGCUACCUGUAUAAAUAUAAAUAUAUAUAUAUUUAAAGACAAGGUUUUGAUACUUUUUUUUAAACAAAAACUACAAGAGAAGACUGUACAAAUCACAGGCUUUUAAAAUAACAUUUUGUUCUCUACAAGUUGUUAAUGUGAGGGGUAAGGUACUGGUUUGCAAACUCAUGCUAUCCAAAUGGAUUUUCUUGUCACCCCACCCUCCAAAUUACUGUAUUUGGUGUAAUAGUAGGGCAUGUUAAAUUAUUGGGUCACAUUAACCAUUUCUGCUCUUGUCAUGUCAUUCUGGGUUCCGUUAGCUCCCAUACUUGGCAAUCCAGCUUCUUCCAGAGGCAAAGGGGCUGAAGGAAGUGUGCUCCAUUUCACUAGCUGUACUGACAUCAUCCAAAUAUGGACAUUUGUAAAAUCAGUACACUAUUUCUAGAGAGAUUAAAUUCAUUUUUUAAAAUCUG